AUGCUGCGACAGGGACACCUCAGAGAAUUGUUGAGCGAUCGGGGAAGGACAAACUUUACCAGGGGACGCGAACAACAUAAAGGGCCUCCAAAACUGACUUCGCCAGCCCGCACAAUCCAUAUGGUCAUCGGUGGAGGGGACGAUGCUUCCAUCAACAAUGUGAAGUUCACCACAAUCCACAAGCUCAAACAAUCGAUCACCCACGAAAGGUAUGGUGAACUCGAAGAAAGUAUAAUCUUCGAUAAGUUAGAUACCGAUGAUUUGUCUUUCCCUUACUAUGAUGCUCUCGUUAUCACUUUACGAAUUUUAGAUACUAACGUUAGACGAAUUGUGGUAGACGAUGGGAACGGCGUGUGUAUUAUCCAUCCUCGAGUACUCACACAAAUGAAACUCGAGGACAACAUAGUGCCACGCUGCAUCACAAUAAUAGGAUUUAACAAUGCAGUUGAGUGA